GGUUUGUCCAACUAGGCCCGCAGCAGAUUACACAUACUGCUGACGGCGCAGGGUACCCGAUGGAAUAUACCUUACAUCCCAUACACAUUCUCCGUCAUCUCAUGCCUGGUGGGGGCUUUAUUCCCAACCCUCACCAAACCCUGAGAGCUGUCACCAAUAUCGAUCCUUUCCUUACUCUUUUUGAUGAUUGGAAUGCUUGUACGAAGAAACUUAAAGAGUACAGACACUCGCUCGUGGGUCGGGAACAAUAUCUUGCAAGGAGCCACAUCGACGAAACCGAUGCAGCAAUUACUCGGCUUGCAACAUCCCGGGAAGACCUCCAGAUUACUCUACAAAGGAUUUUAGCAGAUAUCAGAGAUACCAAAGUGGACGAAAAUCGUCUGCAGCAGCUACACACUGCUCACGAAUCCUCUGCCCAACGGAUCUCUAUGAUUGCUGGUCAGCAAAGCGACAAGCUCAGAUUCAUCGAGGAAUGUCUCAACAGUGGAGCGACAUAUAUCGGUUUCAAUGGCGCUUGUAUCAACGAACACACUCUUUCUCACGAUCCUCCUCCAUAUCGAUUCCUUUUCAAUAAUGCUGUGCUCAAGAGUUCAAGCUCAUGGAAUGAGCAGUGCACAACUCUGAGAGAGUUCCUUCACAACCCCAAGAACCACAACCAGGUGUAUAUAGUCGACUGCGAUGCCCCCUCUGAGUACAGAGAGUUGAAGGCCCCGGUCUUUGGUCCAAUACGAACAAUCACGAAGCCAGUGAUUGAGGUUUCGGAGUAUCAUGAUGCAUCAGCAGAACACAGGCCUCCUACCAGACAAGCAGAGCACCAGCAACCUCCACAGAAGUGCAUCGCUCGUUGUGAUCCCGGCGAGAUGGGUUCUGAUACACGAAGACCAGCUGAGCACCGUUUGGUCAAGAUCCCCUGUCCUGGAAGAUCCUGUGACUCGCACUUGAAUCGUGAAUGGGCCUGCGCCACUUGUGACACUCCUCUCGAGUUUGGGACAAUGAAUAACUGCAUCUACUGCGACUGUGGUUCAGCCGCUUACGACUCAUGGGACUUCAAAUGCAGCAGCGAUAGUCACGGACGCGGUUUCGAUCGAUACCAUACGGAUGAACUUUAUCGACUCUUGAAAAGAUCAAAACGGCCUGAUUGUCGCAACAUCCUGGUUUUGGGACAGACUGGCGUUGGCAAGUCAACAUUCAUCAAUUCUUUCUUCAAUUUCUUGACGUUUGAGAGUUUUGAUGAGGCAAAAUCAGCCCGGAAACUAGCGUACAAGGUCCCGUGUUCCUUUUCAGUCAGUCAUUGGAACCCAUCGGACCCAGAUCAGGAACUUGAGAAUCGGACGAUUCGCGUCGGCUCUAGAGACGAUGAACACGAUGGUACCGCCGGCAAUUCUGCGACACAGAAGACAUCAAUUUAUAAAGUGACAUACAACGAUACCAGAUACCGCAUAAUCGAUACCCCAGGUAUUUGCGACACCCGAGGUCCUGAUCAAGACAAGAAGAACAUCAAGGACACCAUGAACACUCUGAGAAGAUAUGAAGAGCUUCACGGAAUUUUGAUCCUACUCAAGGCCAACGAAGCUCGCCUGACCACCACAUUUCAGUUCUGUUUUGAGGAGCUGCUGUCCCACCUUCAUCGCAGCGCCGUCGCAAACAUCGUCUUUGGAUUCACACAUACCCUCAUUUCCAAUUAUGCUCCAGGAGAUUCUCUCAGACCGCUUCAAAGCUUCCUGAAAGAUCAUACGACUGUUGACUUGACUGUGUGCCGCGCAAACUCGUACAGUUUUGAUGCGAAAAGCUUUCAUUACCUGGCUGCGUACUUUCAAGGUGUAAGAAGUGAAGACGAGAGAAGUUCCCGUGAGAGUUGGAAUAAAUCGAGAGCAGAAACCAUGAGGCUACUUUCACAUAUAGACAACCUCAGACCACAUGAGAUCAGGCAAACGCUCAGCAUGGAAGGCGCACGCGAAGCGCUUGGUCAUUUGAUGAUUCCCAUGGUUGAGAUUUCUCAGGAGAUCAGAAAGAAUAUUAGUCUUCUGGAAGAAAAGAUGGCAGAGUUAAAUGAUACGCGCCUGACAGGAGAUGAGCUACGAAAGAAACUUCAUCUGGAAAGGAUCGAGGUUGUUCCUACAAAGCUCGACAAACCUCGGACUGUCUGCAAGAACAAGCAUUGCUGUGAGUUCAAGUCCAAUACCAACGGCGAGGUUGUCCCAGUCUACAAGUCAAUUUGUCACGACGAUUGCAACCUUAAAGACGUUACCGAAGAGUGUGUAGGGCAUCCAACACUCAUCAACUGUCGGGCGUUCAAGGAGACCAAAGACAAGACCUGUAAAAGUUGCAAGCAUAGGUGGCAGGAGCAUAUGCAUUUCUUCUAUGAACUGAAAGAAACCAAGGUCAAGGUCAAGGAUAAAGACGUUGAGCGACGCCUCAAAAACAACGCAAGCGAUAUGGCUCUACGACAAGAGGGUAUAGAGCGUGUUCAACAACUUGAGAAGGAAUACCGGAGCGAACACAAACAGCUACGAAAGGCCACGGCCCAGUUUGUGGCGUAUCUGAGGGAGAAUUCUGCCAAUGCCUUUAAUGAUGCGACUGUCGUGUAUUACGACCAACUCAUCAAGAUUGAGAAGGGCAAGAUCCAGUUUGGAAAGGAUAACAGAGUGAAUGUCGAUGCGAACAAGAGGAAGCUCAAAGGUCUGACGGACGACAGAGACAAGCAUCUUGGACUUGUCAAGACGAUCGAGGAAAACAUGCAUGCUCCUCGUGAUCAGACGGAGGCACUUCUGACUCAAGAUGGGGUCGAGCAACUCAUCAAGGAUCUAUACAAUCUCAAGCACUUUGGCAAGAAUUUGAGGAGUUUGAGAGAUGACAUUACGUAUUACAAGAACCAUAGUAAGCGAUCGCAUCAUCGCCCACGGUCUCGGUCGCGAAGGUCUGAGCGGAGCCUAGAGACGCGUGAAGAUGUAAGUGACAGAUCUUGCCAAAGCAAUGAUGAGCGUGAAGAAGAGUCAGGACGGAAUAGGGGAAUUCUUCGAGGAUUCCAUAAACUCUUGCCUAAUUUCUAAAUCAAUUCAGGAUGAGAUGGUAAGUUGACGAGACUGGUUGAUGAGGGGGCUCAUGGCAUUAGAGUGC